AUGACCAUCUCUCUGUCCGUUCUCGAGCAGGGCCCUGCCCUCGGGUGCCUGAUCGACCUAUCCGUCCUGGACCUGUCCAUCUGCCCGAGCAUCAACAUCAAGCCUCACAGGCACGCCGCCAUCGAGCAGAAGCCCGACGAGACGAUCUGCGUCACGCCCACGCCCCCCCAGCGUCAACCCAAGGCCCUCCCCUACCACCAGAAGGAGAAGCGGUGCGACUCGUGCUUCCAGGUCGAUCAGGCCGUCUGCAAGAAGGAUCAGGUCACCCUCGACCUGGAGGUCCUCGUCGUCCUCGGCCUCCUGACCGAGGACGAGCUCGAGCGCUACCUACACACCACCGGAGAGCUGCCCGAGGACGAGUGCCUCACCCUCAAGGACGACUCCGUCGUCAAGGUUGACCCCCUCCUGAGCCUGAACGUCGCCGACCUCGUCAACCUCGACGUCCUCGGCCCCGACGGCCUGCUCGACCUCGACAUCGGCGGCGAGGACGGCCUGCUCAACCUCGACCUCCUCAACGACGGCAAGCUCCUCGGCCUCGACAUCCUCAAGCGCAGCCCCGGCGGUGUGCUCGACGCCAACGUCCUCAGCCCCGAGGGUGAUGGCAACAGCCUCAUCAACCUCGACAUCCUGACCAGCCCCAAGUACGAGAAGCCCACCACCGUCAUCGUCCCUGGACAGCCUGGACAACCUGGAAACGGAGGCAACGGCGGCAACGGAGGCAACGGAGGCAACGGAGGCAACGGAGGCAAUGGCGGUAACGGAGGCAAUGGAGGCAAUGGAGGCAAUGGAGGCAAUGGAGGAAACGGUGGUAACGGAGGAAACGGUGGCAACAACGUCGUCCAGCCCGCUCCCGCUCCUGCCCCGGCCCCAGCCCCGGCCCCCGCUCCUGCGCCUGCUCCCGCUCCCGCUCCCGCUCCCGCUCCCGCUCCCGCUCCCGCUCCCUCCAAGCACGCCGACCCGUGGUACCUGUCCCACUACCAGCCCGUCUGCUCCAAGGGCUUCAAGAAGGUUCACCGCGACCAGGCCAAGGCUUGCCAUGCGAAGGAUGCCAAUCACUGUCUGGCCCUGUGCCACUCCGAGUCCGCGCUCCUGACCCUUUCUGCCAACGCCCACAUUGGCGACAUUGCCAACAUCCAGCUCUGCGCCGCCAUCGAGUUUGACAACAACGAGGCCGGAGAUAACUGCCGCUACUUUGUCGCCCCCGAGACGGAGCCCUGUUCCGACGACCAGCUCGAGCCCAAGGAUGGAUGCUACACUUUUGUCCGUAACUAG